CAAUUUAUACCUUACAUGAAAAAGUACAAAAUUCAGAAGGAUAAACCAGAAACAUGGGAAAACCAGUGGAAAUGUUUUAAAGUACUUCUCUUUAAUCACUUUUGUAUCCAGCUUCCUUUGAUAUGUGGAACUUAUUAUUUUACAGAGUAUUUUAAUAUUCCUUAUGAUUGGGAAAGAAUGCCAAGAUGGUGUCUGCUGUUGGUAAAAUGCUUAGGCUGCGCAGUGAUUGAAGAUACCUGGCACUAUUUUCUGCAUAGGCUCUUACAUCAUAAAAGAAUAUAUAAAUAUAUUCAUAAAGUUCAUCAUGAGUUUCAGGCUCCAUUUGGAAUGGAAGCUGAAUAUGCACAUCCCUUGGAAACUCUGAUUCUCGGAACUGGAUUUUUUAUUGGAAUCAUGCUUUUAUGUGAUCAUGUCAUUUUCCUUUGGGCAUGGGUGACCAUUCGUUUGAUGGAAACUAUUGACGUCCAUAGUGGUUAUGACAUUCCUCUCAACCCUUUAAAUCUGAUCCCU